AUGGCAAGUCCACGGACCCGAAGAGUGCUGAAAGAACUUCGGCCGUGUGAUGAUAAUAACUUCUGUUUCGAAUGCGAAGCCAAUAAUCCUCAAUGGGUGUCCGUAUCGUAUGGAAUAUGGAUUUGUCUCGAAUGCUCGGGGAUUCACCGUAGUUUGGGCGUACAUUUGAGUUUCGUACGCUCUGUGACUAUGGACAAAUGGAAAGACAUUGAAUUAGCAAAAAUGAAGGCCGGAGGCAAUAGAAAGUUUGCCGAGUUCUUGCAGUCACAGCCAGAUUAUAAGGAGAAAUGGACGAUUCAAGAGAAAUAUAAUUCACGAGCUGCUGCUUUAUUUAGAGAUAAAGUAGCCUGUGAAGCUGAAGGCCGUGAAUGGUCACAAUCAACAUCUCCAGCAGCAAACUAUGUUCCACCAACACUUGGAGGAAUGUCUUCUCAAUCCAAACCAACUAAUAAGUCUUCAGGGAACUCGUCUCUUGGUUCUUAUUAUGGUGGAAAUUCAAGUUAUUCACAAUCCACAGGCGAUGGGGCAUAUUCUACCCAAGAUUCAAACAGCAAAUAUCAAGGAUUCGGAAAUACUGGAUAUGUACCGAAUCAGUCAAAUAGUGGAGAUGAUUUGCUUGCUGGAGCAAUGUCUGGUCUUUCAAUGGGCUGGUCUAUGCUUUCAAAAGGAGCUUCUCAAGCUGCAGCGAUGGCAAAAGACGUUGGAAUUCAAGCUCAGCAGAAAGCGUCACAGUUAAGCGAGAAUGUGUCUCAAAACAAUUCACUAUUUGGUGGUGUCGCGAACAAAGCAUCAGAAGUUGGAACUAAAUCCUGGGAUGGAUUAUCUUCAUUCGUAAAAUCACCUUCUCUCAAUGCCUUCUCUGGUAUUCUCGCUAAAACUGGUUACGAAGACUUUGGUGGUGGCGGAGGUGGAAUGUCCGGCUCAUCGUCGCAAAAUGAGUUCAACGACUGGCUAAAACAAUCUAAUUUGCCACGUGGAACAACUGAAGGUGGAGAUCAUUUGAGCAAUGAAGAAUUGAAACCAACGGAACCGGUAGAGACAAAAAAGAAAAAGGAGAGAAGUGUCAAGCCAGUGCAAAGCAAAGAAAAAGUAACCGCAGAAAAUGUAGAGGAUGAUGAUUCUUCUUCAACAAUUACUCAAUUCGAGUCUUCAUUCAACAAACCAAAGACAACAGCUCCACGUUUGGCUCCAGUAGCCGCCGCACCUCCAAAAAAGAAAGAAGAAAAAGCAAAAGGAUGGGAUGAUGAUGCAUGGGAUCUUCUCAAUCAAUAGGAAUUUUCUUUUUCAACAAACAAAUUCCCAAAUUUCUGUAUUUUCUGUCCCCUUUUCUCUUUUUUAAAUAACUUAUUUCUGUUUUUCCACUCUCUUUCUUUACCGAAAUUCCUUUCCUUUCUAGCCAUCAGAAAUGUUUCCUGUGAUUUAAUUUUUCUUUAAAAAUGUUUCUAGAAAAUACCGGCCAAUUGCCAAUUUAUCGUUUGGUGAGAUCACUUUUUGAAAUAAAAAUGCGAAAAACUCG